CAACAGAGAAACAAGCCGCUUUGAUGAGCUCAGAUGGGAUUUUUACUGAUGGGAUGCGGUCCCUGCAGGAGAUGUCCAACCUGUGACUGCCUUGGCUAAUGAUCCUGUCUGAUCUUUGACGUCGGCGCUCAAAACACACGCUCGAUCACCUGAGGAGUCCGUUUUCCAGAGUUUCCUGACUGGAGAAAGAUGUCUGAACUCAGCUCUAAGAAACAGGGAUUUAAAAAAUGCCGGAGCGCCACUUUCAGCAUUGACGGCUACAGCUUCACUAUUGUGGCGAAUGAAGCCGGAGAGAGCAGCUCCAGACCUCUAGCACGCUUUGCACGUUCCAAGUCUCAGAAUGCUUUGUGGAACGCCAUCACAGCAGGCAUUGGGAUCAAGGACAAGGACAAGGACAAGCGGGGCAUCCUGAUUGACCCACGGAGCCCGGAGGAGAUUCUAGCUGAUGACCUGCCCACGGUCGACAGUCCUGAUGCCAUGGAGAAGACUGCCAUCAGACUGAGAUGUUUGGUGAAGCAGUUGGAGAGAGGGGAGGCUUCUGUCGUCGACUUGAAGAAAAACCUCGAAUAUGCUGCAUCCGUGUUGGAGUCUGUCUACAUCGAAGAAACAAGGCGUUUGGUGGACACAGAAGAUGAGCUCAGUGACAUCCAGUCGGACUCGGUUCCCUCAGAAGUGCGCGACUGGCUGGCGUCCACUUUCACACGUCAGAUGGGGCUGAUGUUGAGACGCUCUGAGGAGAAGCCGCGGUUUCGCAGCAUCGUCCAUGCAGUGCAGGCCGGGAUAUUUGUGGAAAGAAUGUACCGACGGACCUCCAACAUGGUGGGCUUGAGUUAUCCUCCCAGCGUGAUCACAGCCUUGAAGCAUGUGGACACGUGGUCGUUCGACGUCUUCACACUGAAUGAUGCCAGCGGAGAUCAUUCACUCAAAUUUAUUUUUUAUGAACUUCUCACCAGAUAUGACUUAAUCAAUCGCUUUAAGAUUCCCGUUUCUGCUCUGGUGUCUUUUGUGGAGGCAUUGGAGGUGGGUUACGGUAAACACAGAAACCCUUACCACAACCUGAUCCACGCCGCAGACGUCACACAGACUGUGCAUUACCUCCUGCUCAAGACUGGCAUGGUCCACUGGUUAACCGAGUUGGAAAUCUUCGCUAUGCUGUUUGCCGCCGCUGUGCACGAUUAUGAACACACGGGAACCACCAACAACUUCCACAUACAGACCAGAUCCGACACAGCCAUACUGUACAAUGACCGUGCCGUUCAGGAAAACCACCACGUGAGCGCAGCCUAUCGACUCCUGCAGGAAGAUGAUGAAAUGAACAUCCUCUACAAUCUGUCCAAAGAUGACUGGAGAGAGCUGCGGACUCUGGUGGUGGAGAUGGUUCUAGCCACCGACAUGUCCUGCCACUUCCAGCAGAUCAAAGCCAUGAAGAACUUCCUCCAGCAGCCGGAAGGGAUUGAUAAACCCAAGGCCUUAUCGCUGUUACUGCACACCGCCGACAUCAGCCACCCUGCCAAAACCUGGAACAUGCACAACCGCUGGACCACGUCUUUGCUGGAGGAGUUCUUCAGACAAGGCGAUAAGGAGGCAGAACUCGGACUUCCUUUCUCUCCUUUAUGUGACCGCAAGUCUACAAUGGUGGCUCAGUCUCAGAUCGGUUUCAUUGAUUUUAUUGUGGAGCCAACCUUCACUGUGCUGACAGACAUGAUUGAGAAAAUCGUGACUCCGUUAAUCGAAGAAGCUUCACCUGCCGGCCUGGCUGGAUUCAGGCGCUCCAGUCUGAAUAACAUCCCGUCUGAUGGUAAACGGUCCAGUGUGAGAAGCACUGGUUCAGAGGGCGGCACUUCUGUCAACAGCUCCAUAAACGCUGUCGAUUUUAAGACCUUUAAAAGCACCUGGAAUGAGGAAGUACAUAAAAACCGAGAAAAAUGGAAAGCACAAGCCGCCAAAGAUCUAGAGGAAAAAGCCAAACAGGAAGAAAUGGAGGAGAACGAAAAGAAAAACGACACGGACACGCAAAGCAGUGACGGCAAGGGUGACAAUACUAAAACAGAAGACAAAAUCAACACGGACUCAACACUCAAAUCUCCAGACAAACAGAAGGAAGACACAAGACCAGAGAAGGAUUCAAAGACAGAUCAAGAAGACUCCAGUAAAGCUAAAGUCGACAACAAGGAACCCACAGAGCAGCAGCCCAGAGAAAAAGAGGGCAAUAAAGACCCAGGAGGGGUGAACGGAGCCCAAACACGGUCUGAUGGAAAAGAGCCUGAGACCAGCAGCGAUACGGACAACAGCCAGCGUGUGCACAACGUUUCGACUCGCCGCAAAUACCACCUGGUGAGAUACAGUAAGAAACCCAGUUACUGCGCGAACUCAUAUUUACCGUCCAGACCACAGAAAGAGGAGAGCAGCAGAGCCGCUGACCCGCGAGUCAAAGCCCGACACCUGCAGACCAUCUCUCUGAGACGAGGGAGGUGAACACACACAUAUUUGACGGGGUUUCAUCUUUCAUGAGGCAUAUACCCUUGAUUUAAUGUUUUUUUUUUUUUAAUUAAUGUACAUUCUGUCCUCGUUCUUCAACUCUACCCUCACGGAAAACAUUCUGCACUUGUACAUUUUCAAAACAAACACUCGCCUCAGAGGAAAUUAUGUCUUUUUACAUUUUCAAACUAGCCUACUUCCAUUCUGUGUGAUUUAUGAGCCAUUUUCCUCAUGCGGGAACAAAAAAAAAUGUCUCCACUAUGAUCAAAAUUUGUUGAUAUUGCUAUACUUGUGGGGACAUUUGGGCCCAACAAUGUUAGGAAUGCACACACACAAACAAGCAUCCACAAUGUUUUCCACAUUGAUUUUAUGAUACGCGAAGCGGCUUCCGGGUCCAAGCACUAUAUCAAACUGUAUGGUGAGGCUCAACAAAUGGUAAUAAUAAACGUUUACAAAGCGACGUGUUACUUUUGAAAAUCGCAAUAUGUAUAUCCAUGCCUAAUAUCCGAUUACUAAAAAGGAGAAAAGUAGUUCCUCGAACAAAAGGAUUUUUGAGAUUCUCCGUGUUUGAUUUUCUUUUUUAUACACAUGAUUAUGCUGUUGAACUGUUGUAUAAACGCAAUAUCACAUUCGUAGCAGUGCGAUAUGGCUGUAUAUCAGCACUGGUGGGUGGCAUUAAG